AUGCCAACACUAGAUUAUGUUUCCUCAGGAAAGUGCUGCAUAUCCUACCGCGUGCGAGUGGUCAUUUCAAAGACCUUUAUGCCAGGGAAUAAAAGACCCAGCCGGCUUGUGGACUAUGCUAAGAGUGUACGGGUUCUUCCCACCGCUGUCCAUGCACCGCAUUUGAGUCUAUCAGUUGCCAGUCCAGAUAUCCAUACACAGAUAAAGCAAACCCUUAGCCAGAGGUUUGCACACCCUGGGUUCGGGGAGCUAAUUACGGAAGCGUCCUCUCCACUUUCGCUGCAAUAUCCUCUCGAUAAAAAUAGCUUGCAUACGGCCGUGAGUCUCAAUUUGCGAUUCAAUCCUCUAAAAGACCAAGCACCUCCACAAUUAAGAAAGGUGACGGCCAAACUCCAAGUCUCCACAUUUUACAGCCUUACGCCAUGGGAGGAUUACCCAUCUUGGGCUGACCCGGGACUCGCUAAUGGAUGGGACCGAGGAGCGGUUACGGAAACAUUUCCCCUAAUGGCGUUUUCCAUGGGCUCACUCCAGUGGGUGAAUCAUCAUGAUAUGGAUGGCGAGCACCGAAUUCGAGAACUGGACGAACCAUCAUUAUCUAACUACUACACUGCUGAUAUUGUCUUACCUAUCGUCUUUCCACAACGCGGGAUCCAUAUACCCACCUUUCACUCCUGCUUAAUCUCGCGGACUUACAGCAUUAACCUUCGCUUUUCUUUCCAUACGACCGGAGCAGCUCGACAGGCCAUCAACACGACAAUCAAGAUACCCCUACAGCUACAAUACGCACCCAAUAAUCACUAUACCGGCUUAGACUAUGACGCACACCCGUCAGAUUCCACGGUUAUGGAUGCUCACCCACCACCGGAAUAUGAUGCCAGCGUGAGGUUCGCGUGA